AUGUUGUUCAACCCCGAGGAAAAAGACAAACUCUACAAAACGCAAGAUCUUGGUUUGGAGUUUGCAAAUAGCUCGUGUCUUAAAACCUAUGGAAGUUGGCUCUUGAUGCAAAAUCUCGAGCUAAAUCUAUACAUUGUGAAUCUCUUCACCCACGAGAGGAUUAAUCUACCUCCUGUGGAAUCACAGCUUGGGAUGAAAAAGAUACAAUCGCCUGUAUUUUGGAUUGACGAGAAAACCAAAGAUUAUGUAGUUUCAUGGGCACUUAGGGAGAAGUGUGUGGUCUAUUCUAAGACAGGAGAUAACUUGUGGAAUCAAAUUCCCGAAACUUCAGAUUGUCGUGACAUGGUGUACAAGGAUCACAAGCUUUACUUGUCAACUUACCCCAAUAAUGUCAAAAUCUUCGAUUUUUCUGGAGAGAUUCCACAACAAACUUGUGUUUUUAUUGUGAAAAGACAUAUAACACGUAAUUAUCAGAUAACUGAUAGGUGGGAAAUUGUUGCAAAACAAAUUGUAGUCACAGUAACAGGAGAUGUCCUAAAGGUUUUUAAAAUGUGGAGACCAACCGCUAGAAUCUUGUCCUUCCGUCUCUACAAGAUUUAUUCAUUAGGGUUUAAAAAAUAUGAACAAGUUUAUUCCUUGGGCGACGAGGCAAUGCUUUUGGAUUUAGGUAUCACUGUGCUCGCCAAUGACGGUGAUGGAAUCAGUAGAAAUACCAUCUAUUUCAAUGGUUGCGAGAACACGAAUAAUGCUUUUCUCUUCAAUCUCAAGACAAGGAACGUGGAGAAACUACACAAACUUGACUGCUUGUCUGUUCAACUACCUAGUAGUCGAUGGUUCUUACCAAGUUUCACUAUGUCGUGA